UAUUUAGACGACAUAUCAACGUAGCCAUGGCCGAGACGACAGCAUUUGCAGACGAUGAAACGGCGUUACGACACGGCGAGGAGCUGGUGUCGAGACUGCCAACUCUUGCGUACUACGCGAGAAACACCCCAACAGAAACCAUUCGACGAAGGAGGGGAAUAAUAAACCGGGUCGAUGUUGGCGACAGAAGGCGGACAACAACAAUCAGAGUCCGAUUUACGGCCCUUGACAGACCAGAUUACAGGACUACCGCUGGGAUUGACAUGGGCAAGCUUUUGUCCAAGGGCUUGGGGAGGCGACCGGAGAGCAGUGUCAUUUUGCCUAUGGCAUCAACGUAUGACGACCUGAAGAGGAAGGCCCACGAGCUGUUCCCUGUACUGGACGGGAUGGCCUUCGACCUAGUAGGGGAAACGGGGCAAUACGUUGUUGCCUUUGGAUGCCAGUACAACACUUGGUGCGAUAAGAAGCAGCAACAGAGGAGCAGAGUUCUUCCGUCUUUGGGUUUUGCCAGAUACCUAUAUAUCGACAGAGAACGCGACCAUGUGGCCAGAUGACAGGACUGAGCCGUCGAUGGACACCAGCCCCAUUCCGGACAUGGACACCUCGGCUUCGUUGGGCGCUUCGUCUUCGCAAGUGGCAACCACCCCGAUUGAAGCCAAAUACCGAGUAGAAGAUGAAGUCAGUUUUAUCCUCCGGGUGGAAGAAC